CCGCCCGCCCGCCCUCCGGUCCUCCCGCCCCGCCAGCCCGGGCCCGCGGGGUUGUUAGAUGGAACACGGCUCCAUCAUCACCCAGGCGCGGAGGGAAGACGCCCUGGUGCUCACCAAGCAAGGUCUAGUCUCCAAGUCCUCUCCUAAGAAGCCUCGUGGCCGGAACAUCUUCAAGGCCCUUUUUUGCUGUUUUCGUGCCCAGCAUGUUGGCCAGUCCAGCUCCUCCACUGAGCUCACUGCAUACAAGGAGGAAGCUAACACCAUUGCUAAGUCUGAUCUGCUCCAGUGUCUCCAGUACCAGUUUUAUCAGAUCCCUGGGACCUGCCUGCUCCCGGAGGUGACAGAAGAAGAUCAAGGAAGGAUCUGCGUGGUCAUUGACCUAGAUGAAACCCUUGUGCAUAGCUCCUUUAAACCAAUCAACAAUGCUGACUUCAUAGUGCCUGUAGAGAUUGAGGGGACCACUCACCAGGUGUACGUGCUCAAGAGGCCUUACGUGGAUGAGUUCCUGAGACGAAUGGGGGAGCUCUUUGAAUGUGUUCUCUUCACUGCCAGCCUGGCCAAGUAUGCCGACCCUGUGACAGACCUGCUGGACAGCUGUGGAGUGUUCCGGGCCCGCCUGUUCCGGGAGUCCUGUGUGUUCCACCAGGGCUGCUAUGUCAAAGACCUCAGCCGCCUGGGGAGGGACCUGAGGAAAACCCUUAUCCUGGACAAUUCACCUGCAUCUUACAUCUUCCACCCAGAGAACGCAGUACCUGUGCAGUCCUGGUUUGAUGACAUGGCAGAUACUGAGUUGCUGAACCUGAUCCCAAUCUUUGAGGAGCUGAGCGGAGCAGAUGAUGUCUACACCAUCCUUGGGCAGCUGCGGGCCCCUUAGCCUUCCUGCUUUCAAGCAGCGGCCAUCCCAGUAGGGGACUUGGCUACACUGUGCCUUUCUGAUCCUCCUGACCAACCCACGUGUGUGGAAGCUGGAGCACCUCAACAAGGAGCUUGGAAGUAGUGAAGAGUGAUUGGAAAAAGCACUAGGGCAGGUUAGAUGUGGAGUGGGCAAGUCACAGCAACAUAUCUAGAACUGCCUGCACUCAGAGUUGGGUUCCUUGGUUGUAAGUGUGAGUGUCUGGUGAACUGUGGUCCUGAGUGUGCAGGAUUCAAUGGGGGAGAAGCUGAAAGAUAAGAAUCUUCCCAAGUCAGUUGUCUCCUCCCCUGUCAUCCUGUGAGCCAUUGAGCUUUACAGAGAUGAAGACCAUCACAGGCUCCAGUGCCAAGCCACGCCCUUGCCUCAGUGUCAUAAGGCCUGUGCCAAGGAGAAAGACGGGGCUAGAGGCUGCCUUCCAAUACCCCAGGAACACACCUUUCUGAAAAUGUAGAACUUUGUCCAGCCAGCUGCUGCAGACACAAGGACAUCAUCUCCAGGAAAAAUGAGAACUUGUUUGCAGAACCAGUACUCUCACUUAGCCAUCAGGUCCUGUGGCCCACAAGCUGCACUUGCCUCUGGCCGAGGGCUGUGGGCCCUUUCUGUGUCUCCCCAAGGCUCAGGUGCUGACUGGGCCUACCUUCCUAGCCAUAGUUUUGCUCCUGUGGGGAAGGAGGUCUUCUCCUUGCCCUGGAAGAGGAAAGAUAACCGAUUUCCGUUCUUUUGACUCUGUUUUAAAAUUCUCUUUCUAAAUAUGGAGUGGUGGGCCUGGUUUGUUCUGGCAAAGCUGCCGGCCUGGGCCUGAGGUGAGUGUGGCAGGUGCUGAGGUACAGGGAGGAGUCGGACGCGGAUUGUGUGUCCCCGCCUCGCAGUUCAGCCGAGCUGCUUUCUCAAAAUCGCCCUUCAGGGAUUCUGCUUGUGCUUAUGUUUGUGCAAGGACAUUAGCUCCACAAGUUACGAAGGGCUGCCAAGCUGCCCAGUCCUUUUUGCCUGGGCAGGGCUCUUCCUAGUGUGUCUUCCGUGGGGCCCUGUCCUGACUGAGCCCUGUUCAUUCCUGCCUUCACUGUUCCUGUUUGGUUCUGUUCCUCUCCAGGGCCAUGUGAGACUUCCAGAACUAGGGGAGUAGGUGUUGCUGUCAUUUGAUUUGCCAGCCUGCUUCCAGUAACAGGAGUGAGACCUCAGACCUGAACUCUGGAGAUCUCUACUCACAAAGGUUCUAAGUAUUGAGUGCUUUAAAAAUAAGUCACAUAAUGGGAGUUUCUCUAGAAUGGAAAACAAAAGAGGAAGUGCUACUGUAAUUGGGAGCACAAGGGAGCCCCCCCCAAAAGGAGCCCCACUUCAGCAUCACUGCCUUAAUCGGGGCCUCCCCCAGGGCUGGGUAAAUUUUCUCUUACCUCUUUCUAGGGUGGGAGUUCCUGUCCCUAUCUCGAUUUCCUCUAGAGGCAAGUGUCCUAGAACAUUUGUGAAUUGCUUCAGGUGUGGUCACCACCCACUCAGGACUCAGACCAUAAUCCUUUUAGGUUUCCACACGCUUAGUGAAGCCUCAAGAAAGCCACGUGUGGAGCUCAGUGUUCUGAGUGGUAGCUGGCUGCUGGCACCUCUCUAGCAUUGUGCCACCUUCCUUCCUUGUGCCAAAACUGUGAGGACUUGUCUUUCUCUUUGGUGACACAGAAGUGAAACAGCCUUAUGCUCUGGUGCCUGUGGGGUCACUGCAGGUGACAGGAAGAGGGCUCCAGGUGCUAGCCAGGACCACCAGCUUCUGAAGGAACACGGGAGCUCGGCUGCAGCUGCAGGGCCCGGCCUUGUGCUUUUCUCCCAUCCCAACACUGCAGGAGAAGCCCUUGACCAACUCGUCUGUCCUGAGGAGCCAAACUUUUCUGACUAAGCAAUAAGAGGCUCAAAGCUAAUGGAGUUUUCGAGAAUUCCUUCUGCUCUCCUUUAAAUUUCCACGUUUUUUCCUUGUGGCCGAAGAGCCUGUGCCCACACCCCAGUUUGGUCAGGCUUGCCCCAGUGCUUGGUGGGAGUGGCCCUGCUGCUUCCACAUGAAGCCCCCGCAUUAUAGGCCCUGCUGUCAUCAGAACCCUGCUUGCCAACUGCAGUUCUCUACACAGGUGCCAUCCCCACUCCCCGCUUUCCAAACCCAAACAGGCUCUUUCCAUGCAGACCAGAGUCAGCAGAAAAUCGACUGUCCACUUGCUGGUUUAACUGUCUUAGGGGCAAGUGAUGCUUGCAAAACUUGCUCCUCAGAGGAAUCUGGCAGAUCCACUUUUGGAGGAAAGACUGAGGGAGCCAAUUCAUCCCAGUCUGUUACAGGGCUUGCCGCCAGUUCUCUCCAUUUCAGAUUGGUCUUUGGGAAUCAGUAGGCCACCAAGCCUGGUGUCAGCACCAACUUAAGCCAUGCCAGGAAUUUGCCGACCUGCCAGGUUCAGUUCUUUAAGGUGCCUCUUCAGGGACACAGUGUGUCUCUCUGAUUGGGCUUCUAAGUGAAAAGCCUGAUGUUCGUGUCCCUCUUAUAGGGGGAGCUUUGGACACAGGACUAGCUUGGUAAAGGGCCAGGUCAGGGUUUCUACUCUGCAUAUUGUAGAGGGGACACUGUAGGCCCGUGAGUCCCUUACUAGAGAGGUUGAGUGAACUUGACUUUCAAUUAACCUGGAACCUUCUGUUUAGCCCCCUCCUGCCUCCCGAAGAGUUUUGUGUCAGUGUACACCUCCCACCCCCACCUGGUAACAGUGCCCAAGAAGCUUCUUUGUACUAGAAGCGUGGGAGUGUCUCAAGGAAGUUGUUCCCUGGGAAAUGGAUCCCAUGCAAUUGCACUGUCCCUGCCCUGCUCCUUAGGUUCAGGAGCAGACAGGCCCACACAAGGUUUCUGUACCCAGUGGCUCAUCCCAGCUAAGUGAGGGUGGGAAGCCUAAUUUGCCCUUUGAGCCUUUAUGUGGCUUCUUAAUAAUGGCUGUUCUUCAGUCACUGUUUUUGUAAAUGGGGGCUUAGUUUUGUUUGUUUUUGUUUUUGUUUUGACAGGGUCUCAUGUAUCCCAGGCUGGCCUCUAACUUGCUAUGUAGCCGAAGAUGGCCUUAAACCUUUGAUCCUCUCUCCUCCACCUCCUGAGCGCAGGGAUUACUGGUAUGUGCCACCACACAGCUGAUGCGGUACUGGGGACCAAGCCCAGGGCCUCCUGCAUGCUAGCUAGGCAAGCAAUCUACCAACUGAGCUACAUCCUCAGCCCCUUGUUUAUUUUUUAAACACCAAUAAAUAAUAUUCUACCAGCGGGGAGAGCAGGUCGGAGGUGAGAGACCUGGCUGGCUGCCUCACUCCUGUCAUGGGGGCCUGCCUCGGGGGCAGCCCUCCACCCUGAGUACUGGUGCACUCCUUUGCCGGUUAGUCCCCUAAUUUGCCCAUUUCCCUUGCACAAUGCCAUUUGGAGGAGAGGGGUCUGCUUCCCGCUGUGACUGGGCUAUGGGAAUCUGACUACCUUGCUUCAUGAUUUGAUAAAUUUGUUGUAUUCAAAAACUUGAAGUGUAGGACACCAUUAAGUGUUUAUAUUUUUGGAAUAUUUGUACUACAAUUAAUUAAUAAAAGUUGGUUUAAAACCUA